AUGUACAGCUAUAACAACAUUGUUGAUAAGGGCGAACCCUUAAAGAAGGAUGUGAUUGAUCGAGUGCCCCUGGAAAUUACACCGACUGAAGUUGUUUUACAGAGUCGGGUCGAUGAGCGGGUGGAAGUGCUGGUCGUGGAGAAUUUCUUGUCCGCUGCGGAGUGCGAUCGAAUUGUUGCUGCCUGUGAGGAAGUGGGCUAUACCUUUUGGCGGCAGAAGGACGCAAACGCAGCAUGUGACGCCGGACAACGCAGCGGAGAAACAGAGGCACGUGCUUUUCGCGUGGUCGACACCAUUGAGGCAUGUUUCCCGCAGUUGACACGGGCUCUGUCGGAGCGCAUUCAACGGGUGGUGCAUUUGGAGCCUAAACUGUUUGGUCCAUCGGUAACAGACUCUGAGGAUAUGUUUGCCCGUGACCUGGCGGGGACUUGGGUGCCGUUGAGCCUAUCGAGCAACCUGCUGCUCGGUAAGUACGGGCCCGGUGGGCAUUUCUCCCCACACAUUGAUGGAUCCACCGUCGUUGAUCUCAACACGCGUUCCCUCUACACACUACUCAUCUACCUGAACCACUGCGCGUGUGGCGGUGAGACUGCGAUAUUUAUGGGUGAGCAGGCGGAUGUUCUCGAGUUGGAUCCACAAACUGGCAAGUAUGUGGGCAAAAAGGAGAAACGCGUUGGCGCCGUUUAUCCCAAAAAGGGUUCUGCCGCGUUCUUUUUUUGUGAUGUGCUUCACGAGGGUACACCGGUGGGGGAGGGGUGUUGCAAGUACAUUCUUCGUGGCGAUUUUCUCUACCGUCGUGACCCACCGAUUUUGACGACGGAGAAUGACAAGAAGGCGUUUGAUUUAUAUGAGCAAGCACGUGUGGCGGAGAGCAACGGAAAUGCCAUGUUGGCCUGCGAGCUUUUUCAACGCGUGCGCAAGCUCUCCAAUGGGGUUGCAGAACUUUACCAACUAUAA